UAAACAAUGUUGACAUGCGGAUUCCUCCACACAUCCUGUUCGACGAGCCUUUCUUCUCGGACUUUUACCUCUGUGUGCUUAGUUAUUUUACUUUUUAGCUAAAGUUACAUCGGCUCCAGCUAUGAGCUCCAUUAUUCCCCGGAUAGAGCAGCUGUCUGCGAGGGUAAUCCGGGUUCUGGGCUGUAACCCGGGACCGAUGACCCUGCAGGGAACCAACACCUACCUGGUCGGCACCGGGGAAAGCAAAAUUCUGAUAGACACUGGUGAACCUGCCGUGCCAGAAUACGUCAGCAAUCUGAAAAAGGUACUGAAGCAGUUUAACACCGGCAUCCAGGAAAUCAUCGUCACACACUGGCAUCAUGACCACACGGGUGGAGUGGAGGACAUCUGCAGGGAAAUCACUGGUUCUGAGAUCCAAGUCAGCAAACUGCCUCGCGCCAGCCAAGUCAGAGAAACAGCCGGAAACAAAAGCUUCACUUACCUCAAAGAUGGAGACGUUGUGCAGACGGAAGGCGCCACACUCAAAGUGCUGUUCACCCCGGGCCACACUGACGACCACAUGGCCUUGCUGCUGGAGGAGGAACGGGCGCUCUUCUCUGGAGAUUGCAUCCUGGGUGAGGGCACGGCCGUGUUUGAGGAUCUGUACGACUACAUGAAGUCUCUGAAGAUCCUGCUGGACUCUCAGGCUGACCUCAUCUACCCUGGUCACGGCCCUGUGGUUCAGGAUGCUGGAUCAAAGAUCAGACACUACAUCAGCCACCGGGACCAGAGAGAGCAGCAGAUCCUGGCCGCCAUUCAGGAUGGAGCAGGAAAACUGUUCUCCUCCAUGGAGCUCGUCAAGAUCGUCUACAAGGACACACCUGAACACCUGCACCCAGCAGCUAAUGUGAACCUGGGCCAUCACCUGAAGAAGCUAGAGAAAGAAGGCAAGAUCGUCGUGGUGAACGAAUCUUCACAGAACAUCAAAUGGAAGAGCAACCUGUGAUGUCCACAGAGACGGAGAAGAAACGCACUUUUGAUUGGCCAGGAUGAUGAAAAUCCAUCCGGUCGACUGUUGAUUAAAAUCAAAGAUCUUUGCCUUUCUGCUGGAAUGCCUCAGAAAUGCUGAUUGACUGAUCUGUAAGUAGAGAAUCAGGGAUGGUGGCCACACUUGUUGCCUUGAUGUUUCCUGCCUCAGAGAGCAAGAACAUGAAUUAAACCCACCAGGACUGAGCUGCAGCUUGUGUCAAAGUCUAACAAUUUGCCUGAAGGUCAGCUGAAUUUUUGCCCGUGGCAGAAAAAAAUCAGCCCCAUCCUAAAAUGUGAUCAAAGUGCCACAGUGCCGCUGCUCGUCUGUGUUGUUUUCUUCUUUCUUCUUUCAUCUUGAAGGUUUUUUCUCUUAGUUUAGCCUCUCAGGUGGCACUUCUUCUUACUUCAAACAAAUCCUGCUGCCUUUGCUGAAAUGUACAGCAAACUCCAGCCACGUUCCCGAACCAAACCAAUCAAACAGAAUCCUAGAAAGCUAAUCUUUUAGUGAAACAACUGCUCUCUCAGUGGAGUUUGGUAUACAAUCCCAUUUUUGUCCUUUUUACUCUUCCUGUCCUCUUUUCCUUUUCACAUCUGUAGCUAUUGCUGGACUUUGUCAACAGUUUACGUUAGUAUAAGAUGAAUUACAAUAUAUAAGAAGAGGUGGUAGUUGCUGACAUGUAGUCUGUACAUAUGUGAUGUACUAUAAAGAACGAUGCACAUAUAUUUAAUGAUUUUAUAUAAUUAUGAGUUUGCUAAUGCAUAAAGAAAGGCCAGUCGUAGGAUAAAGACAUUGUUCUCCGACUGUUGACUGUCACAGAUGAAACAUUACAUGGGGAGAUUAUUAUUUCUAUCUCUUUCUUAUUAAAACUUUUCUUCAGUCUAGUCUGUUUGUCCUUUCAGUUCUAAUAAUUGAACACUAUGGCAGUGCACAUUGACAGUCAGACACUAGGUGGCAGUGACAGAUAAAUAAUUUCUUUGGGAGCCAAGCGGUAAAUUAUAAUUCACACUUCUAUUGAAACAUAUGCAGAUUACAUGACAAAUAUUUGUUUUAAAAGAAUAAAUGUGAAGAAUGUGGAUGUGAGUUUGCUUAACUUAGUUAUAAAAUAAUAUUUUCUGUCCAUGAAAGAGAAAUAGUGUAUGUUUGUGAAAAAAAAAUCUCAAAUCUAAGCUGAAUGCACUUAAUAAAUGAUCUAAUAUUCCAAUGACUAAUAAUCAGAA